CUUGGGGGGCAGGGUGCAGCAGUGAAAUCCCUCCCCGGAUUUGACAAACACGCACGCACCUUGACUGCUUGUAAACAGAAGCUCACACGUGACACCGUGCGGCCGCAUUGUCUGCGAGCGGACAAAGAACAGCACGGUCCGCGUUAUUACUGUUGUUACCGAGCGCCGGCGUUGGGAAGGUGAGCGGGCAGGUGUCAUGACAACCGACGUUAUCUGCCCUAAAAUGAAGUCGACUUUCCCGCUGCGUUUACACCGCGGUGUCCGGUGAACUUCUUAAUGUCUGGAUCCCAAAUCCGACCCUCUGGAGGGAUAACGACGUUAGCUGCGCUGUCGCCCGUUCGCACACAGCUGGCAGCGGGUAAACAAAGCUGGAAAUCCUUUGUUUCACUGCUUAAUAUUAGCUAGUUUGUUCGCCUUUUCUCCGGCGGAUUUUACUUUUCUAGCUGGCGCCCGACGUUAGCUCGCUAGCUGAAGCCUUUGGCCCCGACAUUAGAAGAUAUUUUUUCUGGCUAACGUUAAUCUUCUUGUCUUUUUUACUGGCUGGAUGAGAUGUCAUUCACCAUGGAAGAUAACUUGGAGUCCGGGUGGGUGUCCGUCCGACCCAGGAUCUUUGACGAAAAAGAGAGGCAUAAAUUUGCUUUCAUCGUGGCCUGGAACGACAUCGAAGGGAAGUUCGCCAUAACCUGCCACAACAGAACCGUGCAGAGACGGGCCACUUUUCUGGACCCGCUCCUCGAUUGUUGUCCCGCCGCUACUACGUCUCCUGCCCUCGGUGCCUCCGUGGCAGAAAAACAUACAAAAAGUCCGGUCACAACGAGCAAAGAUGAAGUCUGCCAAGCGGGUAAAGUCCGACCACACUCUUUCCCCAAAGGAAAGCCCACAACAAAGACUGUUGUUGGGGAUAAGAGGGCUUUAAAAGCCGUGGGUUCACAGACAUUUGAGUGUGUUAGCCACGCGUUAGGGUCCUGGGAUAUUGUGACACCCAAGGUAAUAGAUAUUGAGAUUCUGGACCCCGUGGAGGUCCAGCUGUCUCCGGAUGAUUCAGACCCAGGGGACCGUGAGAACAGCGCCCGGGAGGACUUCAGCUGGGCCGGGCUGUACUCCUUCCAGGACCUGAGGGCAGCACACCUCCAGCUGUGCGCCGUCAACUCGGACCUAGAGCCGUGUUUACCGUCUUUCCCGGAGGAGCAGUCCGGAGUAUGGACGGUGCUUUUCGGUGCUCCCGGGGUGUCCCAGCGGGAGACGGAGGCCCUGUGCUACCAGCUGCAGGUGUACCUGGGUCAUGCCCUGGACACCUGCGGCUGGAAAAUCCUCUCACAGGUGCUUUUCUCCGAGAGCGACGACACGGAGGAGUACUACGAGAGCCUGAGUGAGCUGAGACAGAAAGGCUACGAAGAUGCGCUGGAGAGGGCCAAAAGACGCAUGCAAGAGGUGUUGGACAAACACAAAGCCAUGGACAGCAUGGUGGAGCUGCUGCAGGUGUACCCUGAGGAGGACGAGGCGUAUGGAGAGCUGCUGGAGGCAACAACUCAGCUAUACCACUACCUGCUUCAGCCUUUCAGGGACAUGAGGGAACUGGCAAUGUUGCGCAGACAGCAGAUUAAGAUCUCUCUGGAGACAGAGCGCCUGGGUCCUCGUCGUGUGGAGAGCCUGAGGAAGGAGGAUGAGGAGUGGCAGAAGAAGGCUCACGCCGCCGUCCUCUCCAUACAGGAACUGACUGUUAAGUUCUUUGAAACCACAACACGAGCACAGAAAGCUCUCUAUGAGCGUAUGCGUGCUGACCAGAGGAAGUUUGGCAAGUCAGCGUGGGCUGCAGCAGUUGAACGUAUGGAGCGGCUGCAGUAUGCUGUUUCCAGAGAAACUCUGCAGCUGAUGAGGGCCAAAGAAAUCUGCCUGGAACAGAGGAAACAUGGCCUGAAGGAGGAGAUGCAGAGUCUGCAAGGUGGGGAGGAUGCCAUGCUGCGUCUGGACCAGCUGGAGGCGCUGUACUAUGAGUUACAGCUGCAGCUGUACGAUAUCCAGGCCGAGGUGCUGCGCUGUGAAGAGCUGCUGCUCACUGCUCAGCUGCAGAGUCUGCGCAGGCAGAUGACAGAGCGACAGGAUGAGGUGGUGUAUUACGAUGCCUUUGAGAGCCCUGAUGCCAUGAAGGGAGUAGAAGACCCUGCAACGCCGCCAUCCCCCCUCAGAGAUGAGGAGCUCAGCGUCCUGCAGCAGAGGACACGGCAGCUCGAGGCUCGCCGGGGCCGCAUCACUGCCAAGAAAGUCUACCUCAAAAACAAGAAGGAAAUCUGUAUUGUCAAUCACAACCAGAAGAUACAGCAGCGCCAAGGUAGCCUCGCUGACAGCACCUCUCUUCAGGCACUGCAACAGGGAGGAGAGGCUGAAGAAGACGAAGCCAAACGAAAUGCCAGGGUGAGUCAGGAGAGGCAGACGACUCUGGACAGGCUUCGCAGCCUCAAACAGCGUUAUCCAGGCCAGGUGACUCUGAAGUCCAGCCGGUUGCGUCUGAGUCAGGCUCACAGUCGCAGGAGAGCGGGGCAGCAGCCGAACACCCAGGCGGCCAGCGUUCAGACCGACUCCAUCUCAGACCUCCCACAGCUCUCCGCUCCUCCUCCGCCCGAUGCCUGCAGCUGCGACAGCGUGUCUCUACCAACAGUUGAACUCGAGAAUCUCGCCUCCUCGCCUCCUUUCCUCUCGCUGCCUCCCCUCUCAGCCUCCCCAUCUGUUCUUUCGCUGGGCGCUCCGCCUCCCCCUCCUCCCCCUCCUCCUCCCCCGCUCCCACCUCCGCCUCCUCCGCCGCCUCCUCCCUCAGAGGAGCAGCGGCAGGGUGAGGACGGGGAGAAGAAUCCCACUGGCAGCCCGGCGCGGCAAAAUAAAUGCGAGUCCGAAUCACCCUCGCUACCCCUGGCUCCGUUUUCCCCACGAUUCUUUGACAGCAGCCAGCUGCUGACGGCGAGGAAGAAGCUGAGGAAGACUUCCUCGCUGGACUCCUCACAGUGGAGGAGAGCGAGCUCCCCCAUGGACGAAGUGCUGGCCUCCCUCAAACGGGGCAGUUUCCACCUGAGGAAGGCCGAGCUGCGGGUCCUGGGCCCGGACCCGGACGACGACAGCAACAACAUCCUGGCUCAGAUCAGGCAGGGCGUCAGGCUGAGGAAGGUACGGACCCGGCCCGAGCAGCAGCAGCGCCACCCCAAGAGCUUCCCCCACUCGGCCGACGCUCUGACCCGCAGCAUCCACGAGGCUCUGAGGAGAAUCAAAGAGGCUUCACCGGAGUCUGAGUCUGAGGAUGAAGGCCUUCCAUGCACUGACUGGGAAAACUAGUUUAGCUCAUUGGAAGAAUAGAAUUAAAACUUCAUCCUUUUAUGGAUUUGUGGAGCCUAAAUGAAGAGAUACGAUGGCUCAAAUCAAGCGGACAUACCAGGGUUAAAUCACCUGGAAAUACCUUGGUGCAAUUUGAACAAAAACCCUUGAUUUUUUUUUUCUUUUUCUUUUUCUAGCAGAAAAUGGUUCUGAAUUUUUUUCAUACUUCUGCAUGUUGUUUGUAAAGACGGACCACUAAUCUUUUUUUAUGUCGCUGCUGUGGCAUUCUUGGCGAGGAUACAACCUCUAACCUCUCAUUGAAUCAGUCUACAUGUCGGAGUCGUACUGUACUGUAGCUUGCUGUGAUGGGUUUGUUUUUAGGAAGUGAGUAUUUUGUUUUUACGUUUCUCUCACUUACAAUGACACAGUAAGCAUUCAGACUCUCUCUCCACUGAAUACGUUUUCUGCUCGCUUUUAUAGUUUGUACUGUAUAUUUCAGUACAUAAACAUGCCUGCUUGUGUAUGCAGGAUAGGACAGUUCCCACAUACUUAAAGAAAUAAUUUGACAUUUUGGGAAAUACAGUUGCUGGCUGUAGCUUCAUGUUUCACAUACAGAAAUGAGGCUUUUAUUACUCUCAGCAAGAAUAAGCACAUUUCCCAAAAUGCUGAACUAUUCCUUUAAUUUGCAGUAUACUAUAUGUGGAGCUAAUGCAGGACUGAUAGUUGCACAGCUUGGUUGUUGCAGAAGUUUCAUCAUCCUGGUGGAAGGAAUGCUAAAACCAGCACUGAUUUGUGUAUUUGGAGACUCAGCCAUGCCUGCUUUUAGCAUUUUCACUUUUCAGAGAAAUAAUAGAUACAUAUAGAAACAGAUACAUAUAAAGUAAAAUAUGAUUCAGUUUGAAUCUCCAUCAGCUAGUUCAGAGGUUUUCAGACUGUGAGAGAAUAAGGUACUUUGAACCAGCACCAGAAUCUUCUCCUCAGUCAUAACUUGGUCAGAUCUGAACAAACAGACAUGAUAGAUAUAAUCUUAGUUUCAGCCACUGCAAAUAAACAUCCAAAAAUCCACUUAGAAAACAAAGAAAAAAGGCGCACCUUAUACCUGUAGAGGUUGCCUGAGAGUUGUCGCUUUUUACAUUUUUCUUCAGUAUCAAAGUGAUCCACUAACAGUUAUCUGUACUUCCACAGGCACACGGCAAGUGGAUAGCUAACUCAGCAUAGUUUUAAUGGUGCUAAUUUGCCAAAAUGCAAACAAAUAUAGGCCAAAAAAAACAAACAGUUCAGUUUCAGACUUGGAAAACCCCUGAUCUAUUUUAACACGCUGUAGCUGACAGAACUGCAGAAUGUAAGUGAGAGUUCAUGUUGGGAUAUGAUCCAAAUAAAGUGCUUAGCUUCAGCCCACACAGAAUCAGACUGAAGAAGCUCAGCCCAGCUGGACAAGAAAUAUAAAGUAAACUUUUAUAUUUGCUCAUUCACAGUUGUUUAGUUUCUGAGAUGGCAUCCCUGUGAGCUUCUGAAGACUUAAGAGGCUGGUAGCUUUGCUUUAACUAUGUGAGAAGCAGCCACAGCUAACAGAAGUGAUAUUUCCAAGUGAUAUUUGAUGAAUGAAAUCAAAAGUUAUGAACCUGCGUUGGAGAUAUUAGCACGCAAAACAGCUGUAGAUUUUCAGAUCAUUAUUCAUAACAAACAUUACCUGUGCAUCUUCUACUUUUCCUCUUCUAAAGAUGCCGUUACCACCAGGUCAGUAUUUUGAAAAAUAUAUAUAUAAAUAUGUAUAACAUUUAUAUUUCAGAGCCUAUUGAAAUAUAAAUGAUUACUUGAACCUAGCUUUGGUCGUUUUCUCUGACAGGCUGUUUUUACUGUCACCUUUGAAUUGUAAAAGUGGAUGGAUGGAUAUACAGUCGCAGUACUGUAUGCCUCUGUUGAAUUACUCUUCAAGACCCAAUAACACAUGACGAAAAGGAAACUAAAAAAGCUGUCAGUCGUUAGUGAAGCUCAACAUUUCAAACUUCAUGAAUAGAGCUCAAAUGAUUAGUUGAAUUGAUUGACAGAAGAGUAAUCUACAACUAUUUAAAUAAUCAAUCAAAUAAGUUGUUUUUUCAAAGACUCAUAAAUCUCUGGUUGCAGCUUCUCAAAUGUAAUGAAUUGCUGCUUUUUUGGUUUAAAAUAUUUGUAAACUGAAUUUGGAUUUGGACAAAAUAAUUUGAAGAAGUCACAUUUGACUUUAAGAAGAUGUAAUGGGCUCUGUUUUAUACACAAAAUAAUCAAUUAUUUGAGAAAAUAAUUUGUGAAGUCAUUAAAGGACCAGUGUGUAGGAUUUAGUGGCAUCUAGUGGUGAAGUCACAGAUUGCAACCAACUGAAUAGCCCUCACUUCACCCCUCCAUUUUCAAGCCUGUAGGAGAAUUUGUAGUGGCCUUCAGGUGAAUGCUAAAGGUGCUCUCUAGAGCUAGUGUUUGGUUUGUCCGUUCUGGGCUACUGUAGAAAAAUGGUGGGCUGCGUAGAAGGGGACACUCAACCUACAUAGAUAUGAAGGGCUCAUUCUAAGAUAACAAAAUCAGAACAAUCCUUAGUUUCAGGUGGUUAUAGACCAAUGAAAACAUGAAUUUUAUAUUCCAUUAAUCCUAUGGACUGGUCCUUUAAAAAUACUGAGGAAGUGGGGGAGUGUUUAAGAUGACUUUCACCCUCUUUUUAAAAUGAUUUAAACACACAUAUAUAACAGACUCCAGAUGUGGAGCAGUUUGGGAUAGACAAACUUUAACUUGUUGGCAGAGAUGAGUUCAGCUCAAGUCUAAAGGUUUAUUGCCCUCUGCUGGUGACAGACGCAGCCUCCUGCUCCUCACACCUGACAACAUUUGGAUCAUAUGUGAUGUUGACUUUUAUUUUGUUGUUUUUAUUUAUGUUCAUUUUAUUUACCUGAGAGUUUCUCUCUCUCUCUCUCUCUCUCUCUCUGUUUCCACUGCCUUGUUUUUUGUUUUCCAAGCUAGCUUACUUACUUAAUGGAGUUGUUGUUUGAGUUUGUCGUGUGUGUGAUUUUAUACCAGUCUCUCGUUAUGUAUGAACUGUGUCAAACCCGUCUUUAACUGAAAAACUAAUCUCACGUUUUCCGGUAUUUAACAAGUCAUGCACUGACUAUCGUGGCUUACUUUAAAGGAAAAGUUGAACAUUUUGGGAAGUGUAAACAUUUAUUCUCUGUCUUGCUGAGAGUUGGAUUGGAAGACUGGAGUCAGGAGGAAAGAGCCAGCCUGGCUCUGACCACAGUUCCUCUAAAACUCACACGUUAACAUGUUAUAUCCCAGUGUCGGACUAUGUCACACCACAUUAAGGAUUUCAGCUAUACUGAUUUUACCCUAUUUAAUUAACAUACUUUAUUUAACAGGUAGUACUAUAAAUGGUGUCCCUCCAUAUAGUGGAUUUACAUCACACAGGAUCACAAAUUGUCAUAGGUGUUCAUCAAAGAUGGACCCUGUAACAGACAUGAGAAACAGUAAGAGGUGUGAUAACAGAACCUGCAGUGUAUGGAUCUGUCCCUCGGCCCUCUCGUGUUACCUGACUCUAUUUAUUUGGUCUUUUACACGUUGUCAUGAAAAACCUAAAAUAAUAAAAAAUAAAAAAUAUUAAGAAGUAAUUAUUGCAAGUCAAAAUUAUGACUUUUUAAACCUUUUAAUUUUCAAAAUAAUUUUUAGUAUUUAUUUCAAAAUUAUGAGCUUCCCUACAGAAUUGAUUUUCCAGUGUCUUAUAAUCUGAUCCGUCACAGACACAUAAAUUACAGCUAUCAAAUUUGGUGACCUUGUCUAAAUACCAUGUGGAGAGUCAGCUGUAUGGGCCACCCCACAACUGAGCUCUGUUUCUAGUCUUUAUGCUAAGCUAAGCUAGCUUCAUAUCAACUGUGGUAUCGCUCUGUUCAUCUAACUCAGCAGGAAAGUGAAUAAGUGUUUUUCUCUUCAUGUUAAACUCGCUGAAAACGUGCAGGGUUACAGCUGCCAUCCAGAUAGACUGCUGCCAAGUGUUCAAUCAUCAUGACACUGAACUUUUUGCAUGCAGUACGACAACAUCCUGGCGCACACUGUGUGAUUGUAAUCUCUCUUCUCUCCACACAGAUAUUCACUGAAACAUUUUUUACAUCAUGUGUAACUGUAAACCUCGGCAGCAGAUAUUUGACUGUGCACUGUAGCUCCCUCACACUCUCGCUCCCUUUUUUUUUUAAAAAAAACCUCUUUGUAGAAUCCAAAUUGUGACUCGUAGAUUUUUUUUCCAUCCUGAACAUGACACCAGUUUGACCUUUAUGACCUUAUGCAUGUGACUGGUUUGAGGACGAACCCAUCACAACGUAAGUGCAAUAACAAAGAUGAAAAAGUCAUUUUAUGAAUUAUACUGUAUUGAAAUGUAAAUCAUGAAAAAUAUAUCCGCAUGCCUAAAUGUAUUGGAGUAUUUAUUGAAACUUCAUAUUUUAAAGAUUUUUUAAAGCAUACAAAUGUAAAUGUACUUUAUAAAGUUUUCUUUUUGUCGCUUUUGUUUCCUAUCAUGACAUUCCUCUCUGCUUUCUAUAUCCUAGUUAUUAUAUAUUUUUGUCCUUUCAAAAUAAAAAUGCGCACCAAAAUGUCUUUGAAUGUUCUUUUGUCAAAUCAGAGUGCU